CAUAGUAUACACUAUACAAUAUACAGCAGAUGUUUCCUUAGAACAGUAUACAAUAUACAGCAUUCCUUAUCCAAAAAAUGCAUGCACGAAGGUUUAGGGUUUAAGGAUUGUGGGAUAGUUCGCGGAAUCCUCCGCGGAAUUCACUCUUCCGAUUCUCGUGACCGAGUUUGAUUGUUACGAGGUUGUAUAGGUGCGAUAUUGCAGCUGUUGAUGCGUUUUUCGAUGUGAGACAAGGCGGAGGCAGCUUGCGUGCAGGUGCGACAGAUUGGUAGUCACAAAUUGUACUUUUGGAAUCCCAUGGUAUCGAACGCAGCAUAUAUGUUGCAGUAGUGUCAUACUCCGUGGGGGAGCACAAUGGCGCUGCUUAAUAGAUGGAAUAGUGCAAUUGACGGAUUAAAUGUGCAUUGCGGAAGCAGGAGCCUUUGCGUGAAAAAUUGGUUACUCGGAGCUCAAAUUGUUUCGUUGGAAAGAGGAUGGAAGAUAAAGAAUUUGAGCACUGCAAGCAGACCAGCUCUGUCGAAAUGGAAUUGCUCCGUUCUCUCAACGUCGCUAGAAGAGGCUAUUGUAGGUAAGCCAGAUUGUGAUGAUUCUAGUGGUCGUGAGGUGAUUGGAGAGGAGGAGACGGCAAGCGAGGCGCCCUUAUUGAGCGCUCUUAGAGAAUGCGCAGAAAUGGACGCCGCAUCAUUCCAUUUUCCCGGCCAUAGACGUGGAUCAGGAGCGCCACCCGUGAUGGAGGCUCUCAUCGGGAAAAGCGCUUUUGCAGCCGAUUUGCCAGAGCUUCCCGAGCUUGACAACCUCCAUGCAGCUGAGGGGGUAAUUCUUGAGGCGCAGUGCAAAGCGGCCCGGCUAUUUGGAGCGGAACAGACAUGGUUUCUAGUGAACGGCUCCACUUGCGGUAUCCAGGCUGCCGUGAUGGCUACAUGUGCGCCUGGUGAAUACCUCAUCCUCCCUCGAAAUGUUCAUAUGUCCGCCGUUUCGGCCAUGGUGCUAUCAGGAGCGCUGCCGAAAUACGUUUCGCCCAUCUCAGAUUCGACAUGGGGGGUGGCACAUGGCGUGCAAAUUGCACAAUUCGAGGCCGCCAUUCGGGAGAUUCGAAGCACCGGGGGUAAAAUAGGAGCUCUGCUAGUGGUGUCUCCGACCUAUUUUGGAAUUUGCAGCCUCAUUCGGGACCUUGCACAAGUGUGCCACGCACAAGACAUUCCUCUUAUAAUCGACGAGGCGCACGGGGCGCAUUUCAGAUUCCACUCCAAACUGCCACAGACCGCGCUGGAGCAAGGGGCUGACAUUGCAGUGCAGUCCACACACAAAGUGCUCGGAUCUCUCACUCAAUCCGCUAUGUUACACGCCCAGGGUUCAAGAAUCAACCGGGCGAGGCUCGCCCAGUGUCUGCAGAUGCUUCAAAGCUCAAGUCCCAGCUAUCUCCUGCUUGCAUCACUCGAUGCAUCGAGAGCUCACAUGGAAGUGAACCGCCAGGAUUCGAAAUUAGAUGCCGCUUUAUCUCUCGCCUUCAUGGUGCGGAACGCAUUGCAGCAAUUACCAGGCCUAAUGAUCUUAGAUUUGGCGUCCAUGCCCUCCGACGCAGUGGCAGAAUCCUCUAUUGCUGGAACUGACCCCCUUCGUAUCACUGUCGGGCUGUGGGGAUUAGGACUAACGGGUUUCGAGGCGGACGACAUUCUUCGCUUCGAAUUCGGCGUUAUCGCUGAGCUUCCUUCCCUGCGCUCUAUCACAUUUGCUGUCAGCGUUGGGAGCUCUCAUAGAGAUGCGACGCGUUUAAUUGAUUCCUUUACUGCUCUUUCAUCGAGGUAUGCCUGCAGGACUGAUCAAAUAGUCGGCCCCAUCUCCAACCCUCUUUUACAAGAUCAAGCCAUAGUAUGGGAGAAUCAGUUGAUGUAUCUCAGCCCCAGGGAGGCAUUUUACUCCAAGUCAGAGGAAAUCAUGGUGGAAUGUGCUCUUGGUCGAGUGAGCGCGGAUCUGCUUUGCCCUUACCCCCCGGGAAUUGCCGUUUUGACGCCAGGGGAAGUAAUUACAAAAGAAGCAGUGGAUUACAUACAGGCUGUAAUUGCUGCAGGGGGAGCAGUUAGUGGGGCAAUCGACGACGACUUCAAAUCCGUUAGGGUACUAUUGUAGAGGUAGGAGGUAACAGAAGGUAUUUUAAAAAUGUGGGAGAUAUUAAGAGAAUUUGUACAUUAUUUAAGAACAUGGUUAUUCACUUUCUCAAGUGGAGAUUACGCGAAAGUUAGUUGGUGCUUUCAGUGUGCUUCAUUUUGGAAGUUCAUAUCCAACAGCGGACAAUGCUUUAUGAUGUACGACACAGUGACAAAAGGGAUAUUUAUGUAUUUCACUUCUUGUUAGGAGUUAA